AAGAAGAACUACUUCCGGUGUACACCGGAAGGAUUAGUGUUAGCUUGGAGCUAGGUUAGCAUUAAACAUAGUUUAUGUUAUCUACCUUGCUUUAUCACUGCGGCGAUGGAGGACGACUGAAUUGAUUAUUCUGUUGACCGUCUUGCGGCUGGUCUGACGGAGGGGCGUCAGUCAUGUAUGCGUCAGGAAAGUACAGCUCUCGGGGCCCUGCUCUAAUCCCGAGAAUGAAAACCAAGCAUCGCAUCUACUACAUCGCCCUCUUCUCCGUCGUGCUGCUCGGACUGAUCGCCACCGGGAUGUUCCAGUUUUGGCCCCACUCUAUUGAGUCUUCAGCUGAGUGGACACUUGAAAAGGGGAGCGUACAUGACGCCCCUCUUAUCCGACUACCUGCGUCCAGCCCCAUACCUGAGAGGGGGGACCUAAGCUGUCGAAUGCACACCUGUUUUGAUGUAUAUAGAUGUGGUUACAAUCCCAAGAACAAAAUCAAGGUCUACAUCUAUCCUCUUCAGAGGUUUGUGGAUGAGUUUGGAGUUCCCAUCAGCAGCACUGGACUGUCACGAGAAUACAACGACCUGCUCAGUGCGAUCUCAGACAGUGACUUUUACACAGACGAUGUUACCAGAGCCUGUCUAUUCAUUCCAUCUAUCGAUGUGCUCAAUCAGAACUCCCUUCGCAUUAGAGAGACUGCCCAGGCCCUGGCAAUGCUACCCAGAUGGGACAAAGGGAUGAAUCAUUUGCUUUUCAACAUGUUACCUGGAGGCCCCCCUGACUACAACACUGCUCUGGAUGUGCCUAGGGACAGAGCCCUUUUGGCAGGAGGAGGUUUCUCCACAUGGACCUACAGACAAGGUUAUGAUGUCAGCAUCCCGGUGUACAGUCCUCUUUCUGCCGAUGUCAUGCUGCCUGAACGACAGCCUGGGCCGAGGCGCUACUUCAUUCUCUCGUCUCAAACAGCGAUUCACAGAGAGUACCGUGCUGAACUGGAGCGUCUGAAGGAAGAAAAUGGAGAAGCACUGCUCCUGCUGGACAAGUGCAGCAACCUGUCCCAGGGUGCUGCCUCCGCGCGGAAGCGCUGUUACAAAGGGCAGGUGUAUGACUACCCACAGAUCCUGCAGGAGUCAUCUUUCUGUGUGGUUUUGCGAGGGGCACGCUUGGGUCAAGCUGCCCUCAGCGAUGUUCUGCAGGCUGGCUGCGUUCCCGUCAUCCUGGCGGACUCCUACAUUCUUCCAUUCUCUGAAGUGCUUGACUGGAAGAGGGCCUCUGUGGUUAUUCCAGAAGAGAAAUUAUCGGAGAUGUACACCAUCCUGAAGAGCAUUCCUCAUAGACAAGUUGAGGAGAUGCAGAGACAGGCGCAUUGGUUCUGGGAGGCCUACUUCAGCUCCAUGAAGGCCAUCGGCCUGACCACGCUGCAGAUCGUCAAUGACCGCAUUUACCCGUACGCCGCACGCACCUACGAGCAGUGGAACAACCCACCUGUUGUGAAGUGGUCCAGUGUGAACAGCCCACUUUUCCUUCCACUUAUCCCACCAAGAGCGCCAGGGUUCACAGCAGUCGUGCUGACCUACGAUCGCGUUGAGAGCCUUUUCCGGGUCAUCACGGAGAUUUCCAAGGUGCCAAGCCUGGCUAAAUUGUUGGUAGUUUGGAACAAUCAGAACAAGAGUCCCCCUGAAGAGUCGCUUUGGCCAAAGGUCGGCGUCCCUCUAAAAGUGGUGCGAACCAAGGAGAACAAGCUGAGCAACCGUUUCUUCCCUUACGACGAGAUUGAAACAGAAGCCGUGUUGGCGAUUGACGAUGACAUCAUCAUGCUCACGUCUGAUGAAUUACAGUUUGGCUAUGAGGUGUGGAGGGAGUUCCCUGACAGGCUGGUGGGCUACCCGGGCCGGCUGCACCUCUGGGACCACGAAAUGGGGAAGUGGAAGUACGAGUCGGAGUGGACCAACGAGGUCUCCAUGGUUCUGACCGGAGCUGCCUUUUACCACAAGUACUUCAAUUAUUUGUACACCUACAAGAUGCCAGGAGACAUCAAGAACUGGGUGGACGCUCACAUGAACUGUGAAGACAUCGCGAUGAACUUCCUGGUGGCAAACAUCACAGGCAAAGCCCCAAUAAAGGUGACCCCCAGGAAAAAGUUCAAGUGUCCCGAGUGUACCGCCAUUGAUGGACUGUCUCUAGAUCAGACACACAUGGUGGAGAGGUCUGAGUGCAUCAACAAGUUCGCGUCUGUCUUCGGGACGAUGCCCCUGAAGGUGGUGGAGCACCGUGCAGAUCCAGUGCUCUACAAGGACGACUUUCCAGAGAAGCUCAAGAGCUUCCCCAACAUCGGCAGCCUCUGACCGACCUGCUGCACGUGCGCGGACGCCUCACGGUCUCAGCGCCGCGACAAUCCUCACCACAUUUGUCUUUUAUGUCAAGAUGCCAGUUCAGACCACAAAAACCCACCGUCUGUUUGAGUGACUCCCGUUCAUUCGUAGUGCAGAAUAAUCCCGGAUGUUGACGUUUGUAAAAAGGCGCUGUUACCUGGAGGUGCUGCCGUGUGUGACGGGAACACAGUGUUAACGUUUUUUUUUUUUUUUUUUUUUUUUAAUACCAAACGCUGACGUGACAAAGUGCCGCUGAGGAUUCGCCGAUCAGAGUCAGGUCAACUCGGUCUCUCUGUUACUGUUACUGGAGCUGCGUUCAGCCUGCAUGUUGUAUAUAUUUAUAUUCUGCAGCGGUGCUUUUGAUAUAAUUUAUAAGACUUUAACAUUCUUAUUCUCCCUUUUCUCGUUUCAUUUUCCAAAAGCAGGGGGAUGGGGGGGAAACAACACUUCAUUAUUUUUAGCUGAAUUGUGAGAAAAGAAGAAAUGAAAUAAAUAACAGAUUCAGACGUAUCUAUGUAGGCUUUAUUCCCGGCGUGAUGGAUUGUGAUGACACACAGAUGUUGCACCGCUGAGGUUUCACAAUACGCUCUGUAAUAGCGUUGGACAAAGCAGGCGUCAUAAAUCUAAUAUUUAGAGUGAGUAACUACUUGGUUUUUUGGGGGGGGGAAUAUCUGAGCUACUGGAAUAUUUUUUUUGUUUUAAAUGUACUUUUUAUACUGUCAGAGUCAUUCUAUGUAUAUAUCUGUCUGAAUAGAGAUCACUAUAAGAAAAAUGUGGCUUGAAUUCUGCACCAAACCAUUUCGGUAACGUUUGAUCACUUCAUCUGCAUAUCUCUAGACGACCGCAUUCGUUGACGAGAACAUCUGAGAUUAUCUCCAUGCACUUCUUUUUUUUCCAUCGUAAUCAUAUUUUUUUUUAAAGUCGUUAGUCAUUUCAAGUCCGGUAUGUAGAUCGUUAGUCUGUGAACUUUACAGUCUUUAAAACAUAUCAUUGCCUUCUGGUGUUUUGAUUUUCCCAGUUGUUUUCACAAUGCCAUCAAAUGGUUGAUUUUCUUGUGUGUUAAGUUGUGUUUGACUAUAAUACACUACGAGUAAAGACCAGAAAGUAG